UUCGACUGCAAUUGAUGAAAAUGGGAGGCAGUGAUGAACUUCCUGUGGUCGAUUUUUCUUUGCUUACAACUGAGGAUUCAGAGCAACGUUCGAAAGCAAUUCAGGGACUCCUCGAAGCAUGUCGAGUUUGGGGAUUUUUCAUUCUGGUAAACCAUGGAAUCCCCGAGGCUGUGACGAAGGCCCUCUUCUCAGCAGCUAAGGAGUUCUUCGAGUUACCCGAGGUCGAGAAGAAGCAGUACGAGGUUGAUCUGUAUACCCUAAGCCUGAUGAAGUACGGAACCCACAACGUCGCCUACACUCCGAGCAACAUUCUCCAUCUAUGGCGGAACUCUCUCAGACUGUACUUGCAUCCCGACGAGCUCCAUUUUCCCCACAAGCCCGAUCUCCUGCGGGAAGUGUUGCCGGAAUACAGCGAAGGUAAUAAGAGGGUUGUGAAGACGUUAAUGGAAGCAAUCGCGGACGCCUUGGAAUUGGACAGAGACUGUGUCGAUGAAAUCUUGAAAUUGGACUCAAGCUUUCAAGUCUUCGCCGCGAAUUCUUAUCCGCCGUGUCCCGACGCCGGCCGAGCCGCCGGCCUGCCGCCGCACACCGACGCCGGCCUCUUCACCACCGUCGUGCACAACGGCGUCCCUGGAUUGCAGAUUCAAAAAAACGGUCAGUGGAUCGACGUUGAAUCGGAAACCAAGAAUUCUGUCUGGGUCGUCGUCGCCGACCAGCUUGAGAUUUUUAGCAAUGGGAGAUGCAAGAGUGUGAGGCACAGAGUGUUGGUGAAUGAUGAAACAGAGAGGGUUUCGAUUGCAGUGAGCAACGGUCCGGAUUUGGCGGCGACGGUGAGGCCGGCGGCGGCGCUGGUGGAGAAGGAUGGGCGGGCGCUGUUUCCGGCGACGGUUUUUAAAGAAUUCAUGGAAGCCAAAUAUGUGAGGAAGAAAGCGGAGGGGGAUUGAUUGAUAAUCUAGUGUGGGUAGGCCCACCAUUUCAAAUUACCCAGCCAAUAAUAUAAUGACACUUGGAUUUAAUAUUAUAUCGAAAACUGUCAUCUAAUUUGAAGUGAUUGUCGGUGGCUACUAAUAUUCUACUACGGCCUCCGUCUAAAAAAUAAAAUGUAUUGUUGGAAGUU